CAGGCUCGGCGGGCUCCUUCCGUCCGGCCCGUGCGGGCGGCGGGGAGUGGCGCGCGGCCGCAGCCCGCCCAUGGAGGCUUUUCCCUGGGCGCCUAGCUCGCCCCGCCGAGGCCGCGCCCCCGCGCCCAUGGCGUUCGUGCCUAGCGCCCGCUACGUGAGCUCCCAGAGCCCGGCGCACCCGCAGCCCUUCAGCUCUUGGAACGACUACCUGGGGCUGGCCACGCUCAUCACCAAGGCGGUGGACAGCGAGCCGCGCUUCGCCUGCGCCCGCGGCGGAGACGCUGGCGGCGGCAGUUCCCCGCCCUCCUCUUCCUCGUCGUCCUGCUGCUCCCCCCACGCGGGGACCGGACUCGGGACGCUGGGGCCGGCGCUGGGGCCGCCUGACUACGAGGAAGACGACGACGACGACGACGAGGACAGCGACGAGCCGGGGUCCCGGGGCCGCUACUUGGGGGGCGCGCUGGAGCUGCGCGCGGGCCCCGCGGAGGCCAGGAUGCUGGAGGAGCGCUUCGCCGAGCUGAACCCGUUCGCGGGUCGCGCCGCGGCGGUACUGCUGGGCUGCGCGCCCGUCGCCACAACCGCCGAGGCAACGCCGCGCGAGGAGCGGGCCCCAGCGUGGGCGUCCGUGCCCCGGCUGCAGGCGGCCUCCGGGGCGGCCGCCGCUCGGCUACUGAAGCCGGAGCUGCAGGUGUGCGUGUUCUGCCGGAACAACAAGGAGGCGGUGGCGCUUUACACCACCCACAUCCUUAAGGGCCCCGACGGGCGAGUGCUGUGCCCCGUGCUGCGCCGCUACACGUGCCCCCUGUGCGGCGCCAGCGGCGACAACGCGCACACCAUCAAGUACUGCCCGCUCUCCAAAGUGCCGCCGCCACCCGCCGCGCGCCCGCUGCCGCGCAGUGCGAGGGACAGCCUGCCGGGCAAAAAGCUGCGCUGAGCGCCUGGGCUGGGAUCUCCUGCGCCUGAUACCCCAGGGUCACCGCCAGCUGUUUUGGUCUCAGUCUCCCUCUCGCCGCUGGGGGAGCGAGGACCUCAGGAGCUAGCUCAGCUUGGGAAGCUGUGGUGGUUGGUUUUUUCAGAGGCAGCUGCCUGUG